UGUCUAUUUAAACUUAACUUUAAUCUUUAAAGUGCUGGAAAUAUAUGGAGCUGGUAACUUUUUUUUUUUUUUUUUUUACAAAUUAUGGUCAAAUUCACCCUGUUUUCUUGGUUUUAUCCUCCAGGUCCACCGGUGAACGUCACCUGUAACAUCUUCAUCAACAGCUUUGGCUCCAUCACAGAGACCACCAUGCAGAACAGUGCGACUAUCGGAGACCAGUCGUUCACUGGCACACUGCGGGACUACAGGUUAAAUGUGUUCCUGCGACAGAAAUGGAACGACCCUCGUCUAGCCUACAAUGACUUUCCAGAUGACUUCCUAGACCUGGAUCCGUCCAUGUUGGAUUCCAUCUGGAAACCGGAUCUUUUCUUUGCAAACGAGAAAGCAGCUAAUUUCCACGAGGUCACCACUGAAAACAAGCUGCUGAGGAUCUUCAAAGAUGGGACGGUUCUGUAUAGCAUCAGGCUGACUCUAACCCUCUCCUGUCCUAUGGACUUGAAGAACUUUCCCAUGGAUAUUCAGACCUGUACCAUGCAAUUAGAAAGCUUUGGUUACACCAUGCACGACAUCAUCUUCGAGUGGCUGCCCCAGAGUCCAGUUCAGGUGGCCGACGACCUUCAGCUGCCACAGUUUUUACUUAAAGAUGAAAUGGAUUUGGGAUACUGCACCAAGUAUUACAACACAGGUAAAUUCACCUGUAUUGAAGUAAAAUUCCACCUGGAACGUCAGAUGGGUUAUUACUUGAUCCAGAUGUACAUCCCCUCCCUUCUCAUUGUCAUCCUCUCCUGGGUCUCCUUCUGGAUCAACAUGGAUGCCGCUCCUGCCAGAGUGGGCCUGGGGAUCACCACGGUGCUGACCAUGACCACGCAGAGUUCUGGAUCCAGAGCCUCACUGCCAAAGGUGUCCUAUGUGAAGGCCAUUGACAUCUGGAUGGCCGUGUGUCUUCUCUUUGUCUUUGCUGCUCUGCUGGAGUACGCUGCUGUGAACUUCGUGUCCAGGCAACAUAAGGAAUUCAUCAGGCUGAAGAAGAAGCAGCGGCAGAAGAGAAUAGAAGAGGAACUGAUUAGGGACAGCCGUGGUUUUUACUUUCGAGGUUAUGGACUGGGUCACUACCUGCAUAACAAGGAUGGCGUCGCUGUGGAGGGAGCCUCCGUGUUUGCUCCACCGCCAAUAGUCACAGACCCCGUAGACGAUGAGGAGGAACUCCGUAAGCGCUUCGUGGACCGGGCGAAACGCAUCGACACCGUCUCCAGAGCCGUCUUCCCUCUGACCUUCCUCAUUUUCAACAUCCUCUACUGGAUCACCUACAAAGUUCUGAGACACGAGGACAUCCAUGCCAGUUUGUAAAAAAAA